AUGGCAACUGGGCUGCGGUACCCGGGCAAGGUCGUCAUAGUAACGGGGGGCACCCGGGGUAUUGGCGAAGGCAUCGUGAGAGAAUUUGGUGAGGGUGGAGGGAACCGGGGGGGUUGGGGGGUUGGGGGCAAAGGAGGUUCUACAAAUAAGUGCCGGGGCUCAAAUAUGCCAGGAAGACUGACGUGGAAACCUUGUUCCCCAAUCUGUAUGUGUUGAGAUCGGAGAGGGACUGGAUAAAGUUGCUUCUGAUAGGAAUGUGCUCUGCACGAGCUCAGAGGCAAUGUUGGCGUUAUUGCAAAACCGAAAGUUUUUGGACAUAUUUUUUUUUAAAUUAUUAUUAAAGAUUUUAUUGUUUUACAGAAGUAAGUGUAAUGUCUCUCGUAUUUUUUCCAUGUAACAUUUUUACAAAUCCGUUUCAUUUGUUGAGACACUAGGGGGAGAAAAAAGAAAAGAAACAAAGGGGGGGUGGAGGGAGGGAAGAUGGGUGGGGGUGGGGUCGGGUGGCGAUGUUUCUAUUAUGCUUAAUGUAUGUAGGGUUUGGUGUCAGCGUUGCUUGUGCUGUUUACUUUUGUUUCCUUGGUGGUGAGAGAGGUUGGGGUUGGCCUAGGGUGUGGUUGUUUGUUUGUGAUUGGCUGUGAUGAUCUUUGUUUCCGUGUGUGAGUGGGGUGGGUGGGUGUUUUGGAUCAGGUUAGCCAUAUUGAUUUGUAUGCUGUUGGUGGAUUAUUGUCAUUGUCUUGUUGGGCUGUGUAUGUGAUAAAGGGGAGCCAUACCGGGGUAAAGGCGUCUCCUUCUGUUUGUCCCCGUGUUGAGGCAGGGCAAAGAACAUUUCCUAGCUUCAGUUCCCAGCAUCUCCAAGGCUGGGAGAGAGACCCCUGCCUAAAUCCCUGGAGAGCUGUUGCCAGUCAGCGUGGACAAUGCUGAGCUAGAUGGACCAAUGUGUUUGUAAAGACCAUGGAUUUAUUGCUGUCGUGGGCAUCCAUAAGGCUUCUAGCACACAGCAGCUUAUGCCACAAUACAUUUGAUGAGACUUUAAGAUGCCUCAUUCAGAAGGACUCUGGACUGACCCUUCUCUGUAAUGUUUUGUUGUUUUUUUACUGCAUGGGUCAGUGCUGAGCCCUUGAACUGAAAACAGGAACUGGUGCCCGGACAUGAGCUCUUCUUUUUCAGAAAUGGGGAGGUGGGGAAAAGGAGAACGUGCUGUUGAAGCAAUUUCAGUCUCCCUACCAGGAAAUGGGACGUGGGUGGCGCUGUGGGUUAAACCACAGAGCCUACGACUUGCUGAUCAGAAGGUCGGCGGUUCGAAUCCCCGUGACGGGGUGAGCUCCCGUUGCUCAGUCCCUGCUCCUGCCAACCUAGCAGUUCGAAAGCACCUCAAAGUGCAAGUAGAUAAAUAGGUACCACUCCUGCGGGAAGGUAAACGGCAUUUCUGUGCGCUGCUCUGGUUUGCCAGAAGCGGCUUAGUCAUGCUGGCCACAUGACCUGGAAGCUGUAUGCCGGCUCCCUCGGCUAAUAAAGUGAGAUGAGCGCCACAACUCCAGAGUCGGCCACGACUGGACCUAAUGGUCGGGGUCCCUUUACCUUUACCAGGAAAUGCAGGGCAUGCUGACUUUCUCUCUGCUGUGAAGCUCUUAGUGGGAAAGAGGAAUCUGUAGCCCCUCCAGAUGUCACAGAACUACAGUUUCCAUUAUCCCUGGUCAUUGCUGGUGGGGGCUGAUGGGAGCCUCUCCACCCCUGUGUUAAAGGCACAAAGUUCUGCUUCUGUGGCUUUAGGUAGAGAAUCUUCUUCCUAAUUUUGCCCUCUCACAUGUUGGGCUGACAAAAUACGCAUAUUUCAAAGAACAAGGUGGACAUCUUUUUCUGGCAGGAUUUCUGUACAUAUGUGACUUUACUUGGUGAUUUUCCACCUGUAAGUCGCCACUGUUAAUGGCCAGAGCCUAGGGGGUUGAUGGUAAGGCUUAAUCUGAAGUCUAAGACAGGUUGAGCAGCCGCAAAAGGAGCAUCUGGAUCUAAUUGCCUAGGAAGCAUAAGAAAAGCUGGUUUUCCUGACCUGAAAACAUGAAUCUUGUGGUACCUGAAAGACUAGAAGAUUCAUCAUGGCAUCAACAUGAACUACAGUCUCUUUCAUCAGAUGCCUGAAAUUAUAUCUUUGGUUGGUAGGCUUUUUGCUGGAGGGGAAGUAAGUGUGGAAUGCAAACAGGGAACAAAAGGAGUAAUUAAAUUAAGAGUUUGUGACAGGUAGGCCCUCUUUGACAUCCCUUUUUUUGGGAUAGGCAUAUAUUGAAUAUCUGCUUGUCACUAAAGGCAGGGAGUCUCUGACAGGAUGCAGAAAGACAGGAAUCUGAGUUCCAGAUAGGUUCAUAUGUUUCGCGGCCAGUCAUCAGUUGUGCAGUACUUGAAGUCGUUUGUGAUGCAUGCGGAAGGUCCAAUUUCUGUCUUCCCAGCUCAGGCUUGGAAAGACCCCUGUCUGUCAGCUGGUGUAGGUCAGUGGUUCUCAAAGGGUGUGGCUGGGGAGAAUGGCAAGUGUGGCAGGAAGAUGCAAAGAAAGAAACAUUUAAGCAUUUCAGUAUAGUGUAAUACAGUCGUACCUUGGCUUUCAAACAGAAUGCGUUCUGGAAGUCCGUUCGACUUCAGAAAUGUUUGGAAACAAAGGCGCAGCUUCCGAUUGGCUGCAAGAGCGUCCUGCAGCCAAUCGGAAGCUGUGGAAGCCUCACUGGAUGUUUGGCUUCUGAGGCAAAGUUUGCAAACUAGAACACCUACUUCCAGGCUUGUGGCAUUCGAAUUCCAAGUUGUUUGUGAACUAAGCUGUUCGAAAACCAAGGUACGACUGUAUAGUAUAGUAUAGUAUAGUAUAGUAUAGUAUAGUAUCAAAAUAUUUUUGGGGUACACAACCAGAAAUAGUAUCUUUUCAAGAGCAUUGGUUACACUUCUACAGUUCUCCGCAACAUAUUGUUCUGACAGGGAUUUUCAACUCUGACAAAUUUGAAUGAUCAGAAAAGAGAAAGAAUUAUUUGUGUUGAUGAGGAGAUGAUAGUUUAUUUGUCUCAAAUUAGACCUGAUAUAAAUGAGAAGAUUGCCUGGCAAAAGCAAGCUCACGCCUCUCAUUAGGCUUGUAUUAUACAUACUUCAGGUACAUAUCAAAGAGGCUUGUUUAUAAUUAUAUUUUGGGGAUGAGUCAUUUUUUUUUUGCAGCUGAAUUUAUACUUUCUGGAUGCCCCAUGCCCUAAAGUAUUUUAUUCUAUGUUAUAAAUCAUGCACUGCUAGGAGUUGUUUCUUUUUGUUUUCCAAUGUAUUUCGUAUCAAUUAAAAAAUUGGUGUGGCAUGAACAAAUUUUUAUUCUGUAAGUCUGGCCCAGAGAAAAAAUGUUUGAGAACCUCUGCUGUAGACAAUGAACCAAGGGUUGACUCUGGGAUGAUUUCUGUGCUCCUGAGCAAGUGAGUUGCGCGCAUGCCUAAGAAUUGGGCCUCUGGGAUAUUUUAUCUUGCAUUCAUUUCUUCCCCUAACUUUCCUUCCCAGUUCGCCAUGGAGCCAAAGUAGUCUUCUGUGCCCCAGGAUCUGAAGGUGAGGCUUGGAGAUCUUUCAUUACCCCCACUCAUGGUUAAAGGGCCCCCUCGGUCUCUCACUCCCAAUGCGUAUAUCCAAAUCGGUUUGGCUAAUGCAAAGGAGAUAUGCAAGGUUAAGACAGCAGAGGGCAGCAAAAUGUCCCAAUAAAGUUGAGAAAGAAAAGCAUGGCUGGAAAAACAGUCCCGUUUUGUGGCAGUGGUAGAUAUUCUACAGGUGCAGGCUUACAAAAGUUGCAGUGAUGAAGCUGUACCUUUGAAUUUCUGUCUGUCAAUUAGGUGUCAAAUUGUAUAAAGAGCCCUGCCAGGAAAAGGGGGGAACCUAAUCCCCAGCCUGCAUACUUGCUGCACUUCAAGUGACAAUAUACAGCCCCGCUCUCUUUCUUUCCUCCUGGAGAUUUUCUUCAUUUAGGAAAAAGGUGUGUGUUUGGUCCUGAGAACUAGCAACUUGUGCAGUGGUCUUUUUGUGCAAGGAUUUAAACCUGGGUCAUGUCACUAGGGCAGCCUUUCUUGGCUCUUGUUCCAGCCUGGGCCAAUUGCAUCACCAGCCACUGAGAGUUGCUGGGAGACCCCCAGUCCCAUCACAGAGCUACACUUUCCAGAGCGGUUUGACAGUCAGUCCCUCUUCUCAGGGAGCUCUGGGAAUUGUAGCUCUGGGAGGGGAAUGGGGGGGGGGCACCUCCUAACAAUUCUUGGCACCCAUAACAAAUAAUGUUUCUCAGAAUGCUUUGGAAGAAGCCAUGGCAGUUUGAAGUGGCUUCAUGGGUCCACUGACUGGGGAGAACUUUGUUCUGUGUGUGUGUCCUUCCUUCCUCUUCUGCUCCUCAGAAGGCCACAGUAACUCUGUUAGUUAAGACUAAGAGCCAGUGUGGUGUAGUGGUUAAGAGCGGUAGACUCGUAAUCUGGGGAACCGGGUUCGUGUCUCCGCUCCUCCACAUGCAGCUGCUGGGUGACCUUGGGCUAGUCACACUUCUCUGAAGUCUCUCAGCCCCACUCACCUCACAGAGUGUUUGUUGUGGGGGAGGAAGGGAAAGGAGAAUGUUAGCCGCUUUGAGACUCCUUAAAGGGAAUGAAAGGCGGGAUAUCAAAUCCAAACUCCUCUUCUUCUUCUGAGCUUUUAUAUUUUCCUUCAGGGGAAAGGGGGAAAGUUAUUGAAAAGGAGCUGAAUGAUUCUGCAGGGCCUGGGGAAGGUCACUUUGAGGUCUGUGAUGUCCUUCGUGAAACAGACAUUAAGGUAAGCUGAAACUGGAGGAAGAAGAGUAUUAAAUUGGGGAAGUUUCUCAGGCACCUCCAAGACCAACUUUUCCUUUGCUGAACAGGUUGCGGAAAGCCCUACCCCAAAUUCCAGCUCUCUGUUAUUUAAAUUUUCUGCCUUUGGGGGCAUUCCUCUUGGUGUCUGUGUCUGACCUUUUCCCACAGAUUCAGAAUAAUUUCCCUGUUAUUUGCUAAGUGCUUUCCUCACCAAAGUGACCCAAAGCGCUGUAACAUUAAAGCCAAUGUUGAUACAUGUCUUAAAUAAAUACUACACUAAUGCAUGCUACACUGUGUUUAAAAGUGCACCCUUAUAGUAACAAAUGUGAUAAAAAUGAAAGGCAGAAGUCACCCGAACGUGACUGCUGAAUAGAGCAAACACAUUUCCAAAUAAACUAAUUUAAUAUAAAGCACCUUCUGUUUCAGCCUUUAAAUACCUGCUGAAAACUUGUCUAUUCCACCAGGCUUAUGCAAGCAACUAAGAACACAUCUUUCCAUAACCAUUAGUUGAUGAUCUCUGAUUUUAAACAUCUAUGUGUUUUCAUUAUCUAUAGAUAUUACUCUCCACACCUAUGAUAUUUUUAGGCUAUAGUGGCAUAGCUCCUCACUCCCGUUCAAGUAGCUGAAUGUUCUAAAAUUGCAGAGAUUUUUUGGUUCUCUUUCCUGCGGCAAUUAUAUUCAUGCCCCUCCUUGCAGACUUUGGUUUCUGUGACCAUAGAACUUUACGGACAGCUUGACUGCCUGGUGAACAAUGCUGGAAGCCGUGAGUUGUUUCCAAAAUUUUGGGGUGUGUGGGAAGAUUUGGGAUGGUUGUCUCCUGGGAGGUGGGGCCUUCUUUGAUUAAUCAACGACAACAAAACGGCCAUGAGGACAUACCUCCGAGGAAAGACAGCUUUGUGGUUGUCUGUUUACAAAACCGAAGAGAAAACCAAUCACAGUGAAUGUCUGUGUUUCUUUGACAGUUUAGGACAGGGGAGGAGAACUUGUGGGCUGUUUUCAUGAAAGUUGGUGGAAGCCUGUUGAGAUGGAGGGGGCAGGGAGACAAGGGGGGGGGCAAAGCUCUCUGCAAACCGCAUUCGGACCCCUGGCAACAGGAUAGCAGAAAGAGAGCGUAGAGGAGUUACAGGGGAAAAGGGGGUGGUGGCCCAGCUUUUCACUGACUGGCCUCCAACAGAUUACCACUGAGUGAAUGCAUGGCCCUUCCCUGGUGUAGGGCAUUCUAAGCACUUCAUAUGAGUUAUUCCAUCAGCUCCAAGGCUUACUAUUAUCCCCAUUUUGCAGGUGGAGGACUGAGGUUGAGAGAGAGAGAGAGAGAGAGAGAGAGAGAGAUGGAGAGGAAGUUGCUUGCUUAAGGCUGCUCUUGGAAAGGAGUGAGGAAGGUUGAGCCUAUGGGAACUUUUUGACUCCUAGCUGCUCUGUUACAUGAGCUGCCUUUAUUUUCUGGGCUCAUGCUCUGACCCAUGAAUAUCCUUGCAGGUGUUGUACCUUUUAUGUCAAGGAGCAAAACCUAAGCCCUUAUUGGAAAGGAAGUAAAACUAAUUAGGAUACUUAUCAUUUGGGGGGGGGGGGAAGGGACACCCAACUCUCAUUUUCAUAUCUGAUGUUGGAUCUGUAAUAUUUACAUCCCCUCUAAGAUGGUUUAGGAACGACAAUGAAUGUUGAGUCUUCUUGCAAACAGAUCCUCCAGACCAAACCAUAGACGACGUGUCUGCACAGGAGUUCCGCAGCCUCAUGGACCUCAAUGUGGUGAGCUGCUUCUUAGCCGCUAAGGUGAGCAAUUCCAGUUUUGUACUUGGGAUACUGCCCUUUUACCAAGCCAGGCCACUGGUCCAUCUGGCUGAGGAUUAUCUGUACUGAAUGUUCUGAAAUUGCAGAGAUUCUUUUUUUGGGGGGGUGGUUCUCUUUCCCCCUUGCACGAAAUCUUGUCUUUUUAUAUCCCUGCUUCUCUAGUGAUGGCUGUGCUCCUUAGGACUGGUAGGGGUAGCAGGCAGGGACACAUGGAACCAACUAGGGACACUUCUCCACCAUACAUUUAAAGCCCUGUGAUGCCGCUUUAGACAGUCAUGGCUUCCCCCAAAGAAUUAUGGGAACUGUAAAUUGUUACAGGUGCUGAGAGUCGUUAGGAGACUCAUAUUCCCCUCCUACAGUUCCCAGAGCUCCCUGGAAAGAGGGGUUGAUUGUUAAACCACUCUCAAAGAAACCAGCUUUAAUCCCUGGCCUCUCCUGUCAAAGUAAUAAUUAUAAUAUAAUAAUAAUUUAUUAUUUAUACCCUGCCCAUCUGGCUGGGUUUCCCCAGCACUCUGGGCAGCUCCCAACAGAGGACUAAAAACAGAAUAAAACUUCAAACAUUAAAAACUUCCCUAAACAGGAAGGCCUUCAUAUGUCUUCUAAAAGUAAGAUAGUUGUUUAUUUCCUUGACAUCUGAUGGGAGGGCGUUCCACAGGGCGGGCACACUACUAAGAAGGCCCUCUGUCUGGUAAUAUUGGGUAGGCCUCCUGGGAAAGUCCUUCAAUCAUAGGAGACCAAGCGUGUUCUCCAGAUGCCAAUGGACUGCAACUCCCAUCAUCCCUGCCCUGUUGGCCAUGCUUGCUGGGGCUGAGUCCAGAAAAUCUGGAGGUCACAUUGGUUACUCCUGGAGUCAAGACCAUUAAUCUUCAACUGGUGGGUCAUGGACUCUACAACGUGGGGAUCUAAGAUGAUCUAAAGUGGGUUGCAACAGCAGCACUUACCAGCAAACACACACACACUGAGAACAAUUCAGAAGUGUGUUCCUAAAUGCAUGUUUGGGUUAAGGGUGGGUCCCAGCUGAGCCACUUCUGGAGUAGACAAUACUGUGCUAGAUGGAUCAAUGGUCUGGCUCCAUUCAAGGCAGCCUCAUCUGUUGGGAUCUUUCCUCUUGCAAGCAGGCCGCCCUGCCUCACCUCCGCAAAACGAAAGGGAACAUCGUCAACAUCGCCAGCCUUGUUGGUCUCAUUGGGCAGAAGUAUGCGGUGCCGUAUGUUGCAACCAAGGUAAUCCAGAGCAACACCUAAACUUGGAUUCAGGUGCCCUUCCUUCCCACCCUCCCCUUCUGGUUGUAAAGACUGGACCGCCAACUUUUGUUUACAAGCAUCUGCUUCUGUGCUCUUAAUCACAAGGGAUAAUCCCGAACGAUAGUGCCUGUCUUUAUGCCAUUGAAAAUCCACUUUCUGCUUUCCACAUAUCCAGCUGCUGUUUAACGACACAGGAGCAAGUCAGCUUUCCCCACCCCAGUCAGUUGGCAAUUCUGUCUAAACUUCUCUCUCUCUCUCUCUGUGUGUGUGUGUGUGUGUGUGUGUGUGUGUGCUUGCUUACUAUAGCCAAAACAAAUUGACUAGCUUUAUUACACCAGGCUUAAACCUCCCUGUAACACAAAUAACGAGUUCAUUUUUUUUGUUUUUUGUUUUUAAACAGAAUUCCAUAAUUUAACUAAGGACUCUUCUGUCCUUCAGUCUAUUCAGUUUUGGAUUAGCCUCUUGUGGUUGAUAUAAAUCAGUGGGAUUACUUAUUUGCAACAUCAUUAAAAUAAAAAAAAAUCAUUAAAAUAAAAAAGUCACCAAAGAUGGGAGCAAAGCGGUAAGAAAACAUUGGCCUGUUAUUUGGGUUGCCAACUUUUAAUUGUCGACGCCUUCUUUCAUUCCAUUUGCCAGAGGAACGCGAGGGACAUGGUCAAUUUACACGCCAAGAAAAGCUUCAGAUUGUUUUCUGUACCGCAAGAUGCUGUCAAGAGGCAGUGUCAUUUCCUCCUCCCCUCUGGUCCGUUGGUAACCCUCCCUAUUAAUGCCUCUGACUUUGCAGGGUGCUGUUACUGCGAUGACAAAAGCUAUGGCCAUCGACGAGAGCAAAUAUGGUGUCCGAAUCAACAGGUACUGUAGUGGCAGCUUGCAGUGAAGUUCUGUUGUGCACGAGGCCUUCCAGGGCGAUCAGCUUUCCUCCUUCCAUGUGUGCAGGGUGUUUGUUUGGAUACCUUUUCAAACAAAAGUAUGGGAAGUGUAGAGGAUUUUGCACAAAGUUCUGAAAGGAUCCCUCCGGACUUGGUGAAUGGGCAAAUGGCAAAUGCGGUUCAGUGUUAGCAAGUGCGAUGUGAUGCACACAUUGGGGGCAAAAUAGAUCCUAACUUCACAUCUGAAGUGGCAGGUGGCUUGGCCAGGAAAUAGUGGAUAACGGUGGAUGACUCAGUGAGGAUGUCAACCCGGCAUGUACAGGGAUGCUAGACAUGAUUGAAAUCAAGACAUGAUUUAACUCAGGCAGGUGUUACCCUGGCCAUAUCUGCAGUCUCCAGGAAUGGAUGUAGCUGGAGCACAACUUAUUUAUUGGCAGGACACUAGCAACCAAGCAUAAGAUUUCACUGUGAAUUAUAAUUAUAAAUUACCUUAUAUACCACCUUUGUCUUCCAAGGAGCUCAAGGUGGUGUACAUGGUUCCCCCCUCCCCAUUUUAUUCUCACAACAACCCUGUGAGGUAGGUUAGGUUGAGAACUGGCGACUGGCCCAAGGUCACCCAGCGAGCUUCAUGGCUGUGUGGGGAUUUGAACCCUGAUCUUCCAGGUCCUAAUCUGAUACUCUAACCACUGGCUCUCUCUGAAUCAAAUUUAAAGUCGAUAUGGGAGUCUUUACUUCUGGAAAUAACAAAAGGGGGACAUCUUUCCUCACUAAUUUUGAAAUGGAUCUGUUCUAUUUUCCUUGCCUUCUACCUCUCCACCCCCCUCUUUUUUUUAAAAAAAAGAAACCCCAACUAUUUGAAUUCCAGCAUCUCACCUGGCAAUAUCUGGACUCCUAUGUGGGAGAAGCUUGCAAGCCAGACAGCUGACCCAGAAGCAACGAUCCAGGAAGGCAUAGAUGCUCAGGCAAGUGCAUUGUGGGGAAACAGGCCUGGUGUAGCUAAAGGGAAAAGGUUCCAUCCUACAAAAGGGGGGGGGGGCUGUGUAGCUGUUGUAAACAAAAAUUGCCCUUUUCCCUUAUGGGGUAUCCCAGAGCCCAUAUAGAGUCCUUACAUAGGUUCCCUAUUGGUAGGAGAGAAUAACAAAGGCCAACCAGAGAAUAUUGAGAAGCAAAGCAGCUAGUAAGCGUGAUCUUUAUUGAUCUGUUGCAACAGGGUCUCCCCUCACCCACAGGAGAGGAAGUGGAACCCAGAAAAUUGGCGUGCAAGGCCUUAUAAAGAUUUUUGAAAUUGCCACCCUGUAGAUGAAGACCACCCCCAGAAACAUCAUACAUACAUCACAGAAGGGGUGUAACCUAAGACCACCCCUCAGAUACAUUACACCUGCAUCACAGAAAAGGCGGUCUAAACAGAAAUUUGAAUGUUGUUUUUCUCCUGUCGUUGUUUAUCUCCUGUCUGGCAGGUUAUUUGAUUGGAUUGCUGGGGUAGCCUGGCCAGUCUUUUGUAAUGAUAAAUACUUAGUUCCUGGGCCAGGUCACAGGCUCACACCCUAUUAAAACACAGACAUACCCUUAAGACAGGAUUUGUGAAGGAAAAGACUAUGGGGAGGCUUUUCCAUUUUCCUUUGACCUUGCAGAGAAAACAUUUGGUCAGUUUGGGACAGUUUGGGAAUCAAAAUGGUUCCAGGUCGGUCUUCCUGUGCUGAUCUAUGUAUGUGCUUGGUUGGUACACUUAUGAACAUUUAACAUAUAUCUAAGACCUCAAAAUUCCUAUCACAUAGCCAACACUGGGGGGGGGGGGGGGGGAUAUGGCCAGACCUCUGCACCAAGGAAGCCCUGAUCCUGCAACCUCCCUAUAGUGUGCAAAUUAAUGACAUUUGUAUAUAUGAGCUAUUUCUGCAUAGAUCCGGUGUCAGGAACCUGUGGCCCUCCAGGUGUAGCUAAACUACCACUCCCAUCACCCCUAGCCAUUGGCCAUGCUUGCUGGGCCUGAUGGGAGUUGUAGUUCAGCAACAUGCGGCAGGCCGAAGACCUCCCACCCCUGGCGUAGCUGCCAAUUUUUCUGUUUAGUUAUGGGGAAAAGCCAAAGUGUCAUGCAAAGCAUUGGAUGUCUCACUAAUCAGCUUCUUAGCCUGACCUCUUAACUUUUGAGAUCUCAUAGAUUUAUGGACUAGAAACUUGUUUUGGUGUUUUUUUUAACUGAGUCUCAGGGGCUAGAAACUUGUGUCUUCUUUAAACUGAACGCUAAGAGUAUGAAGUAAAAGCACCAGGUAAGAGGAAUGGGCUGUGCACACUCAUAAUAUAAGGUGCAAAAUACUGAUUUCCCUCUCAACUGUAUUUGCAGCUUUUGGGAAGAAUGGGGACCCCAGCGGAAUGUGCUGCAGCUGCUCUGUACCUCGCUUCUGAGGCCACCUUCUGCACUGGCAUCAACUUGGUGCUUAGUGGUGGAGCCGAACUUGGAUACGCACAGAAGAGCCACAGAGAGCUGAAUCCCAGCUUGGAAGACUAG